AUGGCGCGGGGUGGCAGGUGUGGUUUCAAGGCUCGGGGUUUCGGCAAGGGCUGCGCCCGGGAUGAGGAGGUGGUCGCCACGCCACCGUGUAGGAGGACAGCGGGGCGGGGCGGGGGCGCCACGCUUUCCUCCGGGCCCCCCCUUAUUCCCUACGAGGAAGGCGAGCCCUGGCUCUUUGGAGACGACUGCACCGAAAUCCAGGACACGCGAUUCACAGACGCCCCAACACGCGCGGGGGCCCGCCCCGAGGAGCACCCCCGCCUCCGCCCCAACCGGACUGGGGAGAGGGUCCGAGGGAAGGGAGGAACCUUCCUGGCAGAGGAAGCACAGCGUGGGACGGCCCCAAAAAGAGAAGCAUCGUGGCUAAUUUGGAAAACAUCACAUAAUUUAUUCUUCCUGUUCAUCUUGGUCAUCUUUCUGGCAGAGCUCUCAGCGGCCAUCCUGGCCUUCAUCUUCAGGGAAAAUCUCACCCGCGAAUUCUUCACCAAGGAGCUCACCAAGCACUACCAGGGCAAUAACGACACAGACGUCUUCUCUGCCACCUGGAACUCGGUCAUGAUCACAUUUGGUUGCUGUGGGGUCAAUGGGCCUGAAGACUUCAAGUUUGCAUCAGUUUUUCGGUUCCUGACUUUGGACAGUGAUGAGGUGCCAGAGGCCUGCUGCCGAAGAGAACCCCAGACUCGGGAUGGGGUCUUGCUGAGCAGGGAGGAGUGUCUCUUGGGACGGAGCCUGUUCCUAAACAAGCAGGGCUGUUACACAGUGAUCCUCAACACCUUCGAAACCUACGUCUACCUGGCUGGAGCCCUCGCCAUAGGGGUGCUGGCCAUCGAGCUUUUCGCCAUGAUCUUCGCCAUGUGCCUCUUCCGGGGCAUCCAGUAGAGGGUGGGGCCUGCAGCCUGAAGACACCCUGCCCACCACUGCCCAGCACACAAUGCCCUCCCCUGCCCUCCCCCAUCCUCUUGGCCCCCGGGGAGGAGGCAGGCCAUCAUGGAUGGCCAAGAGAAGGGCCAGGGGAAUAGAGCUAUUUUUUUAACAAAACAAAAUGAAGACAAUAUGGACUGAUGUACCCUCACCUGGACUCCAGGCAAGUGCCAUGGGCUCUCCACAGGAACCCUAACACCUAGUCCAGGAUGCGGUCGCUCUAGAGACCGAAGGAACACCAGUACCAGGUCCCUUUCUUGGCCCAGCCAGACUCUGCCAUCCCAGACCUGGGCCUUCUCUCUUCACAGCGUCAGGACCUGGUGCCACGAAAGUGAGGAUUUAUAAAAUAGGAGGCAAAAGCAAAUCUCGGAGGAGUCGCCAAAGUCCAGGGGGCCCCAAAGAGACUCAGUCCCCAUGUCCUUGAGUAUUUAGACGCUACAGCGCAAUCCCUUGUGCACCGGAGGAUGGAGUUGUCCCUGCUUCAGGCUGGGGCCAAUAAUGGGCUGUGGUCGCUGGAUCCAAGAAUGGCGCAGCUGGCAGGGUCCUUGCUUUCCCAUCUGUUGGGACCAAAUAAUCUCAAAGGCCCGGAGAGGGGCAGUGACCUGUUCACAGUCACACAGCACAGGCAUGACAGUUGUGAACAGGAACCUGGGUCAUCUCUAGGCUGCUGUCACUCCAUCCAGGACUGUCAGAUCUGCUGCUCACGUGCCCCUCUGGCCUCAGCUAAGAAAAUUCUGUACUAUGCCCUCCCUGCCCUCCCACCUUCCCACAUUUCUCUCUAAGCCCCCACAAACACACACGUACACACAUCGCAUUCCCUUGACUACACUACCCACCUCCCCCCACAAGCCACCCCUUUCUGGUCUUUCUCCAACUCCCUGGCUCCCAGGGUAGAAGAAACAUCCAAGAUCAUCUGGUCUCCCUCUCGCCACCCAGAACUGAGGCUUGGAUGUCUUCUGCAUGAUCCCUGCCAAGACUUCUCCACCUCUUCUUGCAUACCUCUGCGGACAGGAAGCUUACUACCUCCCAAGGCAGCCUCUGCCUUCGGACUGCUCUGGCUUUAGAAAAUCAGCUCAAUACACAGAAGAGGUCUCUGUU